UUUAGCAUCAAUUAUUGGAUACGAUAAAUUAAAACUAGAUUCAAGAUGUUCGCUACUAGAUCAUUCGCAAGAAAGUCGGUGUACUUCAGGAACUCCUCAAUGCUUCCUACUGCUAAUUUCAGCUCAAAGGCAUUCGUAACACAGAAGGCUCCACACUUUGAAGGAACUGCCUGGCAUAAGGACGACUUCAAGGAGAUCUCCUUAAAGGAUUAUAAGGGAAAAUACUUGGUAUUGUUCUUCUAUCCACUAGAUUUCACCUUUGUUUGCCCAACUGAAAUCGUUGAUUACUCUAAAAUUGCAUCUGAAUUGAGAAAGAGCAACUGUGAGGUCGUCGGUUGCUCAGUAGACUCUCACUUCACCCAUAGACAAUGGGAUUUGACCCCAAAGGAAGAAGGAGGUCUUGGUGGGCUAGAUAUCCCACUCCUCUCAGAUCUUACCAAGUCAAUUUCUGAAGACUACGGUGUUCUCCUUCCUGGAGGAAUUGCUCUCAGAGGUACCUUCAUCAUCGACGAUAAAGGAGUCUUAAGACAUUCCACAAUCAAUGAUCUUCCAGUCGGAAGAAACGUGGUUGAGACUAAGAGACUUGUGGAGGCCUUCCAGCACACUGACAAGCAUGGGGAAGUCUGCCCAGCGUCCUGGACUCCAGGAGAAAAGACUAUGGAGCCAAAUGUUAAAUCCAAGGUAACCAAGGUUUACUGGAAAGACACUCAUGCUAAGAAGUAAAUUUCCUGGUCCGGAGAUUUUGUAUAAUGAGCAACCGUGACUCUUCAUUCA